AUGAGCAAGAAUUUAGUUGAAUUCCAAGAUCACUUGAAGAAUUCUAAAAGAAUAGUUGCCUUGGUGGGAGCUGGAUUAUCAACUUCUUCUGGAUUGCCAAUUUUUAGAGGAUCACAAGGGCUAUGGAAGAACUUCAAUAUGAUUGAUUUGGCCACACCCGAUGCAUUUUAUAUAGACCCAGGCUUAGUUUGGCAGUUUUAUUCAUGGAGAAGAAUUAAUGCAUUAAAGGCAAAGCCAAAUAAGGGCCAUUUGUCUUUAGCCAGACUAUCAAAACUAAAAAAUAUUGACUUUAUUACAAUUACUCAAAAUACUGAUGGGCUACUGACAAGAGCUGGCCAUAGGAAGGAUAAAUUGUACGAGAUUCACGGUUCACUAUUUGACCUCAGAUGUACAAGUUUUUUGUGCAACUUCGUUGACCAUGAUAACUUUAAGCAUCCUUUAACAGCUGCUUUGUCUGAUACAGAAUUUGAAUACGAUAGAAGCAGAAAACGAAACUUAGAAGAGGAUACAGAUAAUUUGUCUCCUCAAAUAGCGCCUGUCAAGCAGAUUUUAGACAAGGAUCUCCCACAGUGUCCUGUUUGUAAAGAUGGUUCUCUACUACGUCCAGGCGUUGUUUGGUUCGGGGAAUCCUUAUCAUUGACUACGCUAGAUAAAAUCGAUAAUUUCAUAGAGCUGGACGAAGGAGUAGACUUGAUAAUGGUGAUAGGAACCAGUGGCACUGUGUAUCCUGCCAAUAGUUAUGUCGACAGAGUUCGACUUAAAGGAGGAAAAGUUGCGAUAUUCAAUACUGAUAUUGAGCCCGAAGUUUUGGAGGGUAAUGUGAAAGACACAUGGGGCUUCAAAGGAGAUGCUGCAGAAUUACUACCGAUGGCUUUAAGUCCUCUAAUAGGUGAAAUAUAG